GGGACUUGGGUAUUAGUAGAUCAAAAUUUCUCGUCAAUCCGUUUUUAUGCAAGUAAAAUCACAUACAUAUCGAACAAUGGUUACUUUGAGAUAUACUGUCAUAUUAGUUGCAUUUUACUGUUCCUUGUGUGUUCUCAAAAAUACUCGAGCCACAUCCGUUGUUAAACUACCUAAAGGAUUUGUGACUUGUGAAAGAGAUGAUCCUGAAAUUAAUACAUGUAUUCAACAAGCAAUACAGAUAGCCGUACCAAAUUUAGUUAAAGGUGUUCCUAGUUUAGGAUUAAUUCCAAUUGAUCCUCUAAUAAUACCACAGUUAGAUAUAAAUCAAGGUUCAUCAAAUGGACCUCUAGAUAUCAAACUUAACUUCAAAGAUCUGUAUAUACAUAAUAUUGGAUCUAUUAAAAUAACAUCGAUGAAAUCAAAUAUAAAUAACUAUACAUUUAACCUGAAAGCCGAUUUCAAUGAACCGCUAAUACUUGAAGGCAUGUACAGCAUACAAGGGAAAGUUAUCAUUCUGCCGAUUAAAGGUGAAGGGAGGAGCAAUUUAACCCUAGCUAGCUUAAAAGUAUCAAUUAAUAUUAUUGGUAAGCCGGUCACAAGAAUAGGUGAAGAUUAUAUGGAAUUAGAAUCUUUAGAUUUAAAGUUCAGUACAUCGAGACUAUACAUCCAGUUGGACAAUCUUUUUAAUGGAGAUAAACUAUUAGGAAACAAUAUGAACAUGUUUAUGAAUCAAAACUGGAGAGAAAUUUUAAAAGAAGUUCAGCCGGCGUUUGAAUCUGCUUUAGGAAAGGCAUUUCAAUCGGUCACACGACAGUUUUUCCACAAAGUACCAUACAACAAAAUAUUUAAAUGAAUUUAAUUAUUCUAGAACUCAUUUUAUAGAACAAUAUUUUAUUUAUU